UAUGACGUCAGCGACCGGCUGAAAUUGGCGCGCGCGAGCUGAGCAGUGGCUGGAAUGGGCACGGCGAUGUACCUGGAGCAUUACCUGGACAGUAUUGAGGGUCUUCCCUUCGAGCUGCAGAGGAACUUCUCCCUCAUGACUGACCUGGACAGCAGGACUGAAGAAAAGAAAGUGGAGAUCGAUGGUCUGGCGUCCGAGUACAUGGAGAACGUGAGGAACCUGUCGCCUGAGGAACGCGUGCAGCACCUGAAGAGGAUUGAACUGGCAUACAGCAAGUGUAAAGAGUUCAGCGACGACAAAGUGCAGCUCGCCAUGCAGAUAUACGAACUGGUGGAUAAACACAUCCGGCGUCUGGACGCUGAUCUCGCACGCUUUGAGAACGAGCUGAAGGAUAAACUGGACUUGAGUGGCCCCGAGAGCUCUGAUGACAAGAAGAGCAAAAAAAAGAAGAACCUAAAGGACCGAAGAGGAGGAAGUGGGAGAGAGAAGAAUGGUUCUGAUCAUGACUCUCCCAAGCACAAAGCACAGAAGAACCGGGACGUCCUGCUGGAUGUUCACUCGUCUGACGUCUUGGACAUGCCCGUGGACCCCAACGAGCCCACCUACUGUCUGUGUGCUCAGGUCUCAUACGGAGAGAUGAUUGGCUGUGACAAUGCUGAUGUUUUGUCCUCGCUGCACACAGGACAUGAAGAAGAAAUGAGGCCUGCGUUAUCGUUCUUGCACUUUAAUCAGAGCUUAUAUUUCACUGAGAUGACGGGAUUAUUCAACACAGACUCACAAAGUUGUUUGAUGUUUUUUAAUUAUUAUUUUUUUAAUGCAGAUUAUGCACUGUCCAGUUUGUAUCAGGAAACAGUUGUUUGAAUUUUUCUCUUUGAAAAAAUGUGUAUUUUUUAUGAAUAAAGUUUCUUUAAUGUGA